UGCUAGAUAGAGUCAGUACUAUUUAAAAAACUGUGAUAAGGAGUACUAGACUACUAGUUCAUAGUGAUCUCUCCUUCUUUCAACACACUACUAAACUAAUAUCUCAUUUUCCUUUCUCCUUUCACAUUGAUCAAUAUCAAAGAGAGAGAGAGAUCAGAUCAGAAAUACCAUAUUUUUCAUAUUAUAUAUAGUAUUACUUGUUCGAUAAUACUAGAUUAUCGGACAAAAUCACAAAUGUCCGGUUUAGAACCAGCAGGACCAGGUUCUCGCUACAUCCACCAACUCCUGGGACCAGAUCUCCAGCUCCAAAGACCCUCAACAACACUCACCGACUCCAAAAACUCCCCAGAAAACGACCAACCAACCACUGACCACCCCGACGGGCCCACCACGAGCUCUGGCGGCGGCGCAGCCUCCUCCUCCUCCUCCCGCCGCCCCCGUGGCCGCCCUUCCGGCUCUAAGAACAAGCCCAAGCCCCCCAUCUUCGUCACGCGUGACAGCCCCAACGCGCUCCGAUCCCACGUGCUGGAGAUCGCCUCCGGCUCCGACGUCGUCGAGUCGGUUUCCAGCUACGCGCGUCGCCACGGGAGGGGAAUCUGCGUGCUCAGCGGCAGCGGCGCCGUCACCAACGUCACAUUGCGGCAGCCGGCUGGCUCCGCCGCGGCGCCUGCGGCCCCGACGGGAGGCGUGAUGACGCUCCACGGAAGGUUCGAGAUCCUGUCGCUGACGGGGACGUCUCUGCCUCCGCCUGCACCUCCCGGGGCGGGAGGACUGACAAUAUACUUGGGAGGCGGGCAGGGGCAGGUCGUCGGGGGGAGCGUGGUGGGGCCCCUGACGGCUUCCGGGCCGGUGAUGCUGAUGGCGGCUUCAUUUGCAAAUGCGGUGUUUGAUCGGUUGCCGCUGGAGGACGAUGACGGCUCGGCCGCGCCGGUGCAGCCCACGACAUCGCAGUCUUCGGGCGUGACGGGUGGCGGAGGAGGCGGCGGCGAAGUCCCAUUUUACAAUUUGGGAGUGGGAAUGGCCGGGAUUUACGGUGGUAAUUUUUCAACUGAAGGUUUCGGUUGGGGUGGUGGCAAUACCUCGUCAAGGUCUCAAUUUUAGCUUCUACUCAAGAUGUGAAUAAAGAAGGAUAAAUAGAAUUCUGCACCAUUGAAGAUGAAAAUGGUGAAGAAUUUGUGGAAUAUUGCUCUGGAUAGGGAUCGGUAUUUGUGAUAUACAUACACAUGACAAGAAUAGCAAUCCUUUCCAAAAGCUCAAAGCUGUUAAGAAAUUGAAUGCGACAAUAAUAAUGAGCAUUCAUCGGAGACGAAAAAUUUCGGAAAACCUCUCAAAUCCAGUAAGUAAUCAGAGUACUUUGACCAUGUCCCGAUGCAUGAUAUUGUUUUGUGUUCUUGUUUUGAUCAUCUUAUGGGAAAGACUUGUACUUGUGUCUACAAGUUUAAGAAUUUGCUCAAUGACAUGAGUUUAUAUGGAUUCUUUGUUAUUUCGAUUAUGCUCUUGAAUUCCACUAUUAAAUCA